UCCUCUAUGGUUGCGGGAGCUGAUCUCGGUCGGCCCGUAGGCCUAGGUUAUUUCCGGAAGUGAAGCCUGCCGCGGGGUCCUGGCGGGUGGCGGUGGCCGAGUGGGUCCCAGGACUAGUGGCGAGACUUUAUGAUGCACUAUAGCAGUGUCCCGAGUCUGAAAGUGUCUACAUAUGUGGAUCCCGGAAUUUGCUGAGAGAUGGAGGAGCCUCAGAACAAUGACCCGAGCAUAAGAGAGCUGGAAGAAGAUCAUCCUGUCAGAAGCAGUGGCCCUCAGAUUUCUGUGAGCGAGUUCUCCUGCCACUGCUGUUACGACACCCUAGUUAACCCCACCACCCUGAACUGUGGCCACAGCUUCUGCCGACACUGCCUAGCAUUAUGGUGGAUGUCUUCAAAGAAGACAGAGUGUCCAGAAUGCAGAGAAAAAUGGGAAGGUUUUCCCAAAGUCAACAUUCUCCUCAGGGAUGCCAUUGAAAAGUUAUUUCCUGAUGCAAUUAGAAUGCGAGUUGAAGACAUUCAGCAGAAUAAUGAUGUGGUCCAAAGUCUUGCAGCCUUUCAGAGAUACGGAAAUGAUCAGAGUCCUUUAGCUCCCAGCACAGGGCGAGUGAAUCAGCAGAGAGGAGGGGGAUUCUUCUCUGGCGUACUCACAGCUUUAACUGGUGUGGCAGUCAUUGUGCUUGUGUAUCACUGGCGCAGCAGAGAACCUGAGCAUGGCCUCCUGGUGCAUAAGGCUGUAGACAAAUGGACAACGGAAGAAGUUGUCCUCUGGUUAGAACAGCUAGGCCCUUGGGCCUCCCUGUACAGAGACAGGUUCUUAUCUGAAAGAGUAAAUGGAAGGUUGCUUUUAACUUUGACAGAAGAAGAAUUUUCUGGGGCACCUUACAGCAUAGAAAACAGUAGCCACAGAAGAGCCCUCCUCAUGGAGCUUGAGCAUGUGAGAGCCCUGGGUGUGAAGCCACCACAGAACCUCUGGGAAUACAAGGCUGUCAACCCAGGCAGGUCCCUGUUCUUGCUCUAUGCCCUCAAGAGCUCACCAAGACUUGGCUUGCUAUACCUGUACCUGUUUGACUACACAGACUCCUUCCUACCCUUCAUCCAUACUAUCUGCCCUCUUCAGGAAGACAGCCCUGGUGAGGACAUCUUCACCAAGCUUCUGGACCUGAGGGAGCCGACAUGGAAGCAGUGGAGAGAAUUCCUUGUCAAGUACUCCUUUCUCCCGUACCAGCUGAUUGCAGAAUUUGCCUGGGACUGGCUGGAGGUCCACUACUGGACCUCCCGCUUCCUUAUCGUCAAUGCCAUGCUGCUGUCUGUUCUGGAGUUGUUCUCGGUUUGGAGGAUCUGGUCAAGAAGCGAGCUGAAGACAGUGCCGCAGAGGAUGUGGAGCCACUUUUGGAAAGUAUCGACACAGGGGCUUUUCAUGGCCAUGUUCUGGCCACUCAUUCCUCAGUUUGUCUGCAACUGUUUAUUUUACUGGGCUCUGUACUUCAACCCAAUUAUUAACAUUGAUCUGGUGGUCAAGGAAGUCCGACGGCUGGAAACCCAACUGUUAUGAUCAGCAGCAAGAACCCGAGAGAGCCCAUGAAUCUACCUGACAUCCAAGCUCUGACACUCAACAAGACAAGGGACUCAUUUCUACCCCUAGUAAUGCAAGGUGCUGCUGCUUCUGUGUGUCAAGGCUUCAGCAAGGUUCCUCUUCCUCUAACUCUGGCCCCUUGCCAGUUGACUGCUACCCAGGUCAGGCUGGACUCUGUGGUCAAUACCCAGCCAGUCUUACAGGGACUUGAGAGACUUAGGCUAUUAUGGCCAACAGAAGUGAAAGUCUUGGACAUAAUUUGGGGUGACAUGCUGUCAAAAGGCCAAUAUAGGCUGGGUGUGGUAGUGCACACCUUGAAUCUGAGCACUUGGAAAACAGAGACAGGUGGAUUUUUGAGUUCAAGACCAGAGUGGUCUAUAUAUAG